AUGCGCCGCAGAGAUCGUAAUCUCUUUGCGUUCUGUACAAAUACGGCUGAUGCGCCGCAGUUACGCGCAGCUACUCCUUUAAUCAAAUUGAAUUUGAUUGGUUUUAAUACACAACGUAAAACAUUCGAAGGUGGAAACAAAGAAGAACAAGAUGAUGACAAUCCUAAUGACUUUGUGUUUGAUUGUACAGUUGUAUACGAUCGGUCAUCGAUCCCUACAACACUUGCUGUGUGGCAGUACGGCGGGCGCGAACAUGAAAUGCUUUCGAAUCGAUCUGACAAAUUAUUGCUUGCAAUAUAUCAAGUAGAUACAAUAUCAGACGUUGUGCACGCAUAUAUAUGUCCUGAUGCUAGUCAAUCACUUUUCUAUACCGAAUUAUUUGCUCAAGUUUUACGCAAUUUAACCCAGGACGAUCGUUCCUGGAAGCAGUAUUCCGCUAAUUUCCGACGAAAACCCGCCGGAUAUUCAUAUUUUCCGCGCUGGAAACCACGAGAAAAGACUCGGAGUCCUACUAAAGGAACCGGUAACCGUAUCCGACUAUCGGUUAUGGCGGGUUCUUGCUGGUUCUCGAUAAAACCUUUUAAAUCCGAUGAAAGGAUCCAAUCGCCGAAAUACUGCUUCCAUGAAAUCCCCGGAAGGUUCUGGAACAGGUCGGUUCCGGGCCGGAUUGUUCGACCUGGGAACAGAUCCACGGUGUCUUCAUCAAUCAUUGAAUGA